GUUCGGUCGUUAGUUUUCGCCGACGGUUAGUUGAGUGCACACGGAAAAGAUGAAAUUUCUAAUUAUUAUUGGUUGCUUCUUUCCCCUACUUUGUGAUGCAAUUUUGGAAUCAGUGAAUAGUGAAACAGAGCAUAGACGUGUUAAACGAAUUGUCGGAGGUCAACCAGCUCAGCCACCCCCACCUGAUGAUCCGGUUGUCUUUGCACGUAUGUAUAACCGUGAUGCCCGGGUAGAAGGAUUCCGCAACAUUCGAACAGGCUUGUAUUCAUUCCUGGGUAUACGUUACGCUAAUGCACCAACAGCAGAAAACAGAUUCACUCGUCCUUUUUAUCGAAGACUUGAAGGAGAUAUAACUGCUACGAAAUAUGGUCCACCUUGUCCACAACCUGAUCAAAACAAUCCAAUGCGUGUCCUUGGGGACGAAGACUGUCUCUUGCUGAAUGUGUUCACACCGCGAAUGCCAGAUGAGACGACGGGGCUACCAGUUUAUGUUUGGAUUCAUGGCGGAGGUUUUCGCUACGGAUCAGCUAAUCAGUAUGGAGCUGAGCCGCUGACACAGAAAGGUGUUUUAUUUGUUCCAGUUCAGUAUAGACUCGGCAGUCUUGGUAUUAUUGGAGAACGGAAUAAAGAUUUCAGUGGAAAUCUUGCACUGUUUGAUAUGGAAGCAGCUUUACGCUGGGUUACAGAGUAUAUAUCGUUUUUUGGUGGAGAUCCGAAGCAAAUAAAAGUUAUCGGUCAUGGUUCAGGAGCAGCAAGUGCCAUGUAUUUAACUAUGUCUAGGAUACCAAGAGCUAGAGCAAUAUCCGGCACCGUGGCAAUGUCUGGUUCAGCCUUAUCUCAAUAUGCGCUUGAUAAAAAGCCCGUCCAAUCUCUUGAGGAAAUUGCAACUAUCAACGAAUGUCCAGCGACAAAUGAAACUGAAAUUGUGAGAUGUCUCCGGGAGAAAAGCAUCGAAGAUAUCAUUUUGCGUGAUUCAGCUGUCGAAACAGAACGCCUCCAAGGACGUGCUAUGAUUCAGGCUAUUGCAGGCGGUGUUGGUUUCAAUCCGCAUGUCGAAACCGAAGAUGACAAUCGUGGUUUGCCCGGAUUUAUUGUUCGCGAGCCGAACGUAACUCUAAAAGAGAAGAAAUUUCGCAAGGUGCCGUUAUUGAUUGGCGUUACAAAAGACGAGACUGCUAAUGGCGUUACACUUGAAGCUGUAACGAAAAUUUGGGGAAGUGUUGAAAACUUCCUACAGUCAUUGAUUGGUGAGAUUCUUGGAUUGAAAGGGUUGCUGAGUUUGGAUAAGGUAACCGGAGAAAUCGUGGCACCAAUUCUACCUGGAUUGGAGAAAGUUGCUUUAAGUCUGGCUGAUUAUUUAAAGAUCCCUCAAGGAUUGCCACUAGAGCAGGUGAUUUCAAAGCUAACCGAAACAACGACGGACAUCCUUUUCAACUUACCAGCAGUACUAUCAGCAGACUUAUGGAGCUUUGUAGCACCAGCAUACCUCUACAGUUUCGAGCAUAUCAGUAAAUCGACGGCUGGGAAAGACUUCUUGGGACAAUUACCUAUAACAGCUGGAGAUGGUGGAGUCAAUAUUUCGGCCCACGGCGACGAAUUAGGAUUCUUAUUCGAUGUCAACGAUAUCUUUGGAAAUCCCAUCCCAGGAAAAAAACUAACGGCUGAAUCCGAUUUACGAGUUCGUAACAGUAUUACUGAACUCUUAGCAAGAUUCGCUACGAUCGAUCCGAGUUCAAAGACAAAUGCUGACGGCCUCUUUCAGGCGUUCAGUCGUAACGGUGCACCUUUCAUUAAAAUUACUGAAAAAUUAGAAACUGGUGCUGAUUUCCGAUUUUGCUCGCUGUCACUGUUCGGUGUACCCCUGCAAGCGUUGAAAGCGUUAACGUGCGAAGGACUUCUGAAGAAUUUGAGCCCGUUGACUAAUGUUGCUGGCGAAUUGGGCUCUCAGUUGACAGGGACAUUGGGUUUGGGUGGGACAGGCUCCGGACUGCUUGGAGGUGGAGGAACUGCAGAAUCGUCGCAACCUGGUGCUGGAGGCCUUUUGGGAACUGGACUCUUGGGAACCGGGAAUACACCAGCCAAACCAACAAAAAAGCGGCCUAACCAGGGACUAGGUUUGCUCGGGCUGUAGGGUUGUUUGACUCUCUAUUUAAAAACAGAUCGAACUAAUCUACCUGGUAAGCAAUUAACUAGGAAGAUAAACAAAAAUUUAACUGUUUUUAAUUAACUAUAAUAAAAUUACCAUUUUAUAUGUAUAUUUUUCACAUUUUUUUCUGACAUUUUUAUAAAAUAAAAUUGUUUAAUGAUUUGUUUUA